AUGGAACCCGGCCGGCGACUAACGGGCGUCACCAGUCAGCUGACUUCGGCCCUCGAGGUGUCCGUCCGGCAGGGCGGCGUCGACCUGGAGGCGACGCUGGACGCCUGCUGCCAGAUAUUCCCGCAGCUGUUUUCACGCACCAUCCAGCAGCACGCCACCGACAAACAAAAGUCGCCGCCCGAGUCGAUCCUGCGUCAGAGUGUGGAGCGUCACCAGGCUGACAGCGUGCUGCCGGCGGCCGGCCGCGCGCCGCUCGACUUCGCCGCGGUCAAACACCACCUGCAGACGGCCUCGCACAGAGCCAAGGCGCUCCUGCUGCAGGCGCUCCGACGGCGGGUGACCCGGUCCAGCAGCCGCGCCGACGUGGUGGAGACGUACGUGGCCGGCGACCUGGCCGGUCUCCAGCGCGUGGACGAGUACACGCGCCACGUGCUGAGCGCGUUGACGCCGCCGGAGCCGCACGUGGUGCAGCAGAGCUGGGCUCGCCUGCUCAACUGCCUGGCUUCCUUCUGCAGCGGCCGCACCUACCUCUGCAUGUACCAGCCGUUGAUGGACACGCUGCUGAAGGUACUGCAAUACCAGAAGCUGGACGCCGUCACCUUGGACAUGGUGCUGGCCACGCUGCAAAAGCUCUCUCUCCGGCGGCCGGCGCAGACUCGCAUGAUCGAGUGGGGAAUGGUGGAGUGGCUGGUUGGCUUCCUGCAAGACCACGCCGUCAUCCCAGCCUACACGCUCGAGUACGGCUGCGCGCUGCUGAUGAACCUCUGCCUGCGCACGGCCGGCCGUCAGAAGUGCGUGCCGCACGUCAACUCGGUCCUGAAGCUGCUCACAGACCUGCUCGGCUCCAACAACGCGCAGGUGCUGCCGUACGUGAACGGCACGCUCUACAGCAUCCUGGGCCAGCCGGAAGUGCGCGCGCGCGCCACCAAGCUCGGCCUGGGCCAGGUCCUCGAAUACUUCAUGGAGAAGGGGUCGACGGACCUGCGCCGUCAGCUGGAGUACAUCAUGCGUCAGUACCGCGGCGAGGGCGUGGACGGCGCCGCCAGCGACGAGGACGACGAUGACAUCGAGGACACAGAGUUUCUCGAGGAGGACAUUGACGCUGAUGACCCGGUGGUGGCCGAGAUCGGGGAACACGAAGGCGAGGAGCUGCUGGCCACCCUCCGGGCAGGCUCCGAUGGUGCCGGCAGGACUGCAGCGCGGCGCGGUCUGUCGCCGCGUCAGGGCGGAGCGGUGCCCGGCCGACCGGUCUCGCCCCGUCUGCCGAGCACCGCCCACAGCGACUCGGUCCUCGUGGUAGCGUGA